CAGAACUCGGGUGGAGGCGUCAACGUGGUACAACAUAUCAACUUUGCCUGGCCUGAUAAGGUGUUUAUACCACUGGAGCAAAAUGUCUCAAAACAGCUCAGGCUCCUUGUCCAACAUGGCAGGUUAUACCCACAAGUGGCUAUCCAUGUAUGACAGCAUACGAGGAAAACAGAAGAAAGAUUUUCCUUUCGCCUUUUGGGAUGUUGUUGUCAUCACAACAGCUGACGAUGUCCAAAAGGAGGCGUAUGAGCUUCAGCUAGCUGAGAAACUGUCACGGAGCGAACUUCCUGAGGAUGUGGACUAUCAUAUAAUAGCAGAUCUGCCAGGACCUAAACUAGGUAAUGGUGGCUCCACAUUCACAGCCCUGGCCAGGCUAAACGAGUUAUACGGGGAGGAUUUGUUUGAGAAGCGCACCUUAAUGCUUCAUGCAGGAGGACAGAGUCAGCGCAUGCCAAGCGCAAGCGUCCUGGGCAAAGUCUUUACUGCUCUUCCGUUUGGCAGCCAAAUGUACCAGAUGAUUGACCUGAAGCUUGCCAACUCCAUCCCAUUCUUACAGAAUCUCAAGCCAGGGAUAUUUCUCUUAUGUGCUGACGACUUUCAGAUUUUUGAUGUUCACGGGGAGGAAAAGUUUUUACGGAUGGACCAGGAGGGGUUUACAGUGUUAGCCCAUCCGGGAUCUCUACAGCUUGGCACAGCACAUGGGGUGUACGUCGUUCAGGGGGGACGACUCUUCACAGACAAACUGGUUCAGACAUCGGAGUGCCUGGAGGUGCUACAGAAGCCAUCCCUGGAAAGGAUGGAGAAACAGGGAGCGCAUCUGAAGCGCACCAAAUCCGAUUUGUCUGACGACAACUCAAACGGUCAGUCGCAAUCUGAGCCUGUCGUUUACACAGAUAGCUCGUUCUAUUUUGACUCGUCAGUUGUGAAGAAAAUGCUGCAGUUUUACAAUGAAGUCAAACCUCUGACAUGUGAAAUUGACGCCUACGGGGAUUUUCUGCAGUGUCUGGGGUCAAGGUCAUCCGUGGACUAUGUGACCAUGACCAGUAAUGUGGGCAGUGUGACCGCAGAUCUCAUCCCCAUGAGGAAGAAAGUUUACCAUCUACUUAAGGACACGCCAAUCCAUGUGCUUGCUCUUAACCAAUCCAAAUAUGUCCACAUUGGCACAACAAAAGAGCUCCUGUUCCAUCUCUGCGAAGACACCAAUCUGCGAGAAGAACUUAAUCUGUUGCCAGAUGUGUUUAAUCGCUGGGUGAACUUAGGGAAUAAAGAGAAAAGUGAGAAGGUCAGACGAUGUGAGCCAGAUAUCAAAGGCUGCGUCAUGCAUAGUUGUCUACCUUCAUCUUCAUCCAUUGGGUCCAGAGCAGUGGUUGAAUUCUGCCAUUUUGAAGUGCCUUUAAAACUUGGAUCAAACUCUGUGCUGAGUAAUUGUCAAUUACUACAAGAAGAGAGUAGUCUCACUCUGGUGGAUAUUCCUGGUAAUGUCUUCAUUCACACUGCGUCAGCCAAGGGGGAUAACUCUACUGGCUAUGUUACUGUUGUGUUUGAUAUCUAUGAGAAUCUCAAGAGAAAGGCAGAUGGAAAAGAAAGUGUUAGCAAGCUCGAUUACAUGAAGGCAACUUUAGGAAAAGCAUUGGAAGUGUUAAAUAUUGAUGACAGCAUAGCUGUGCCAGAAGCCAAUGAUCCGUGUUACAAUUUGUGGCACACAAGACUUUUCCCUGUGACAGCUAGCAUGUCAGCCUCACUCAGCCUGGCAUUGCGGACAAUACAGGCUCUACAGUCUGAUAACGGAAUAAAUCUGGACCUGUCCCCGUACAAACUCAUGUCCAUGGCCGAUGUACUUAAGGAGAAAGAUGUGAAGGACAUGUUGAAAUACAGACGGGAGCUCUACUCCCUAAUCAAACAGGGUUGAACACCAUCCAUCACACCUUAUCUGUAAUGGUAAAAUUGUAUAUUUAUUCAAUGCCAUGGGGCGAAAUUGGUUGACUUCAGACUUUCGGCAAUUUUAGCACAGAUUAAAAAUUAGCUCAUUGGGAAAAUAUUAUGUAAAGCCGAAAGACCUCAACAAUAACACUGCCACUGUCCAACUGUGUAUAAUAGGCUCCAAGUGUUUCAAGAGAACUGAAGGGAGAAUCUGAUAAAUAUUGUGAGGCUCUGGACUUGAAUUUGUUAUAGUGUGAAAGAAAAUCUGUUUUUACAAAUAAAAUUGUUUACUGUGGAAAAAAAAAAACGGUUUCCAAAUGAACGUAUUUCCAAAAAUACCAGACUGUGGCAACCAAUUGUGUAAACCAAUAAAUUAAGCAUGCUGUGGACUUGAAUUUGUUAUUGUGUGAAAGAAAAUCUGUUUUUAUAAAUAAAAUUGUUAACUGUGAAAAAAAAAAACAGUUUCCAAAUGAACGUAUUUCCGAAAAUACCAGACUGUGGCAACCAAUUGUGUAAACCAAUAAAUUAAGCAUGCAGGAAAGCUGCCUAUUUCCUGGCUUCAAAUUCUCCACUAUUCAACAGAUUUCACAUAGCAACUAAAUGUGGAGUUUCAUGAGUUUCGUAAGUUUCAUGAGUUUCAUGCCUUUACCCAACCACGUGUGCUUCAAAAAUGUUGCCUAAAUUGUGUAAAUUAAUGCUGCAUUAAAUAGUUAACUCAUGCAGGACUGGCUGUGAGAAAAUAGGGUUUUUUUUCACUUAGUUUUUCCACUCUCCUUCUUGCAGAUUUAAACCUUGCAGUAGGCAAGUAAAUCAAAUUAAGUAAAUAAUCAGUUUUGAUAUAUUACGUAGCAUUCAAAUAACCUAUGUAAUGACUCCAGACAGAACAAGGUGAGCAGGAAUGAUCCUCCUCUUUUAUAGCCAGCUCUGCCUUUUAUCAUGUUUGUUACAAAAGUAUUGCACCAUGUAUGAUUGUGGCUAAUUUUGUAUAUACCCCCUUUGCUAUGGGUCAGUGGUUUGUGAGAAAUUAUUUUUUGAGAAAUACUGCUGGUAUAUAUCAAUAAAAAAUGGUCUGUUCAAUCUCUGGUUUUUGGUCCUUCGGUUAAGCACAUGUAUAAACACAUGUAUCAUAAACAUGUUUAUUUUGU